AGAGCAGCAGUCAAAGCAUAUGACCAAUGGGACCCACACCUACUGGCACAACCAUCAGUGAAAAACAUGGCCUUUCAAGGCAGUCUGCAGUUCUUUGGACCAUUGCUCAGGAACAAGCUGGACUUAUUCACACGACAGCUAGCUAGCAUGUCCGCCUUCAAAAUAGCAGUAUACGUAACUGUAAUUCGAGUGAGGUUUGGUCAGUGAGUCCAGAUGCAUGAGUCUGGGUCAGAGCAGACAACCUGCACCAGUCCAGCCAAUCAGACCGAGAAUGGGGACAGUGCUGAAAAGGACGAUUGGCUGAGCACUCAGACUCCAACUCCAGAGGGUUCCGGGGCUGACAGCCAGCAGCAAAACCAGGUUCCAGUCUCAGUGUCUAUGAUGACACCUCCGGUGGAGACUCCUCAGCAGACACUGCAGCAGGUCCUCAAUCCACAGCAGAUCCAGGCCCUGCUCCAGCAGCAGAAAGCACUCAUGUUACACCAGCAACACAUACAGGAUCUCUGCAAGAAACAGCAGGACCAGUUCAACGCCCAGCUCCUACAGCAGAAGCAUGCUGAGAAGUCAGGGCAAGAGCAGCUAACGGCCCAGCACAUGGCCAUCCAGCAGCAGCUCUUGCAGGUCCAACAGCAGCACCUCCUCAGCCUCCAGAGACAGGGUCUCCUGUCUGUCCUGCCCUCCAUGAGCCCCUCUGCAGCUCAGGGUUUAGUGAAAGGGUGUGAGAAUAGCGCAAGCCUGCCCUCUGGUGGUGAGUAUCCAGCCACUUUUCAGAAGAACCUGCUCCACAGCCAGCAGUCCACCACUAAUGGGAAUCAUAAAUCACAGCCCCUAAAGAAGAAAGACAGAGGUCCUGUGGAUGAUCACACACAAAACACUCACCCUCUCUAUGGACACGGCAUGUGCAAAUGGUCUGGCUGUGAGGCGGUCUUUGGAGACUUUCAGGCUUUUCUCAAACAUCUGAACAGUGAACAUACACUGGAUGACAAGAGUACAGCACAGUGUCGAGUGCAGAUGCAGGUUGUUCAGCAGCUAGAACUUCAGUUGAAAAAAGACAGAGAGCGUCUGCAAGCCAUGAUGUCUCACCUCAAAUCCUCUGAGCAAAUGUCAAAACCAGCAACACCAACGGUGAAUCUUGUGCCUAACGUUGCCUUCUCCCAGGUGAUGUUUCCCAAGGUGCUUCCUCCCAUGAGCUUGUCUCAAAGUGCCACUGCUCCUUCCACACCCCUGACCCCUCCGCCGACGACCUCUAUCAUCACUCCCAACACCCUGCUCACUGUGAGCCCUGGGAGGAGACGGUACUCAGACAAGUACAGCAAGAACAUGAAUCAAGAUAUUGUUCAGAAUAAAGAGUUCUACGUCAGUACGGAAGUUAGACCACCAUUUACAUAUGCAGCCCUAAUAAGACAGGCGAUAUUUGAAUCACCCUAUAAGCAGCUGACACUAAAUGAAAUCUACAAUUGGUUCACACGAACAUUUGCAUAUUUCAGACGCAAUGCAGCAACAUGGAAGAAUGCAGUGAGACACAACCUCAGCCUCCACAAGUGUUUUGUGCGAGUGGAGAAUGUAAAAGGAGCUGUGUGGACAGUUGAUGAGAUGGAGUUCCAAAGAAGAAGGCCCCAGAAGCCUGCUGGUGAAGGAUCUCUCAAGAGAGAGAACACUGGCCAUGGUCACAGCUCCGCUUUCCUUACUCCUAAGGCUGAAUGGCUAAACAGUAGUAUACCUCCAUUCAACCCAGCUUCCAUAGGCGCUCCCUCUCUGAGCUCUCUGCCCUAUAUGUUCCAGCAGGAGGAGAUGAAUGCAGCUCUCUGGUAUGGGAAUGGAUCCUACAGUGACAGCAGUGAAGAACAGUACCCUAUGCACCCUCUCGUAAAAGAAGAGCUAAUGGACGAGGAAGCGUAUGAGAAUGUGCCCCAUGACUGUUCUGAGACUGAGAGCUCUGAUGAGCACAGCUCAGAUGUGGACCAAGACGAAGAUGGCGGGAGCCCAGAGAGACCCAACCUGCAGCUGGCUCAUGUGCCUUCGCAGUGAAAGAGAGACUGUAUUCCAACCUGUCAAUCUCAACUGCAAGACUCCCACAUUGAACAACUAUGAAAUAUACCAAAUGACUUGUAGAACUGCUUCAUAUCAAGUGGAAACACACAACAAUUUUCUCUGGAGGAAUUAAUUGACUAUUUUAUUUAUUGGGGAUAUUUGGUGCUCUGUUUUACUGGCAUCGUUUGUACUGGGUAUUAUCCAACCGAGCUCACAUUGAAGACAACAGAACCGAUAGAGGAAUUAUUGUAACACCGCUUGUCCUCAAAUAAUGUAUUCGGAUUGCCUUAUUGUGAGGCUGUACAACCAAUGAUGAAGCCCUAUGGGGAGCUGGUUCAGUGAUGCAGAGUUUUUUCUUUCUUCGAUGUCUUUUGUUUCACUCUUUCAUGAAUAUGUGUAUAUUAAUAACCAGAGCAUUGGUAAUAUUUAUGGACAGCACUUCAUGAAGAAUAAUGUUUUUCUCCCACAAACUUGUUUAUUUUUACCUAUGUGAGUACCAGACAACCACCAGAUAGUAAUCCUCUGUUCCAUUUGUGACAUGAUAUCAUUGAUAAUUGGUUACUUUUACACUGCCAAAAAUAUGAUUUAUGUAUAACCUUCUCUGUUGGGAUAUAAUUAUUUGUGUAGCCUACUAAUCGUAUUUUUUCCCCACUAUCCCAAACAUAGCUUUUUGGCCUUAUUUAGCAUUGUAUUGUACAUUGCCAGAGUUGUGCACUAAAAGCUGUCUGUAAUAAAUUCUGUAUAUAAAG